AUGCCAGUUGUUGGUGCUCUGUCCCUCGGUAGACGGGCCCAAUAUGCUACUCGAAUCAAUCAUGCUUGUUCCUGGUCGUUUGGCAACAACGCCCGUCGCUCCUUCUCCAACUACGGCCAUGUAAAGAGUGAGCACCUUCCUGCUGGCAAGCAGCGGUCCUUGCUGCGUAAAAUCGCCGACGACUUCCCUGUGGACCGCUCUGCUGCUGCCCAUUUCCAUUCAACUCGCCAAGGUCAAGAUGGUGUCCUCAAGCCAUCGACAUGGCACCUCUCGUCGACUCCUGGCCACGACGCUCUAAAGAAGAUUGUCGACCGCCGCUUGCAACUCCUGGCCGCCUUCGAACUAUCUGACAGGUCCGAACCAUCCAACAAGCUCGAUCCAUCCGGCACGCCUGAUGAUACGACCAUCUCAUUGUCCAAGCAGGAACAUGCUGUUCUCCGUUCCUUGGGCUACACACAACAUCACGUUGACUAUUACUCCAACAUCCUCUCUACCAAAGACUCGCUCCUAGCUGCUCGCUUACUCACAGGCACCCACGUCCCUCCAUUCUUCGUCUAUCGUGACUUCCUCGCCCGAAAACACAUCCGCCCUGAGGCUCUCGGUCUUCUAUUGGAGCAUUUGCCUUGCUGGCACCCCGAUACACCCCAACUGUUCGAUCGUCUUGUGCUUCCAGUCUUCAAGAGCUUGUUGUAUCAUUGCCGUCGCGUCUGGCCUGCUUCUAUUCCCCUCAUGGCUACUUGGCUGACCCAGCAACUCCGUUUGUCUGAUGACCGUCUCCGUCGUUUCCAAGAAUCCGCCAUAUACGAUGAUGACCUCUCAUUCGUCUCGAACUUGACUGCUCAGUACAACCACGCCCUCCAUUUGCUUUCUCAGCCCUCACACAUCUCUCCCUUCAAGAACAUCGCCUUUCAAGAGGCUGCCCAAGCCAUCAUUCUCAAAUACAUGGCCGAUCAUACUCCUGCUCUUGCCAUCGAUCGGAUAGGGUAUCGCGCCGUCGUACGCGUCCAGCUGGCCACUAAAAAGACUUCGUCUGAGCGAGAAUGGGCCAGGCUCAAAUCCCCCUCCUGGCCUCCGUGGAAGGNNGAAGAUCGCACUGGCAUGGAUGCACGUAUUGAUCUUGACUAUGGUGUCAGUCGUGCUCACCAAAUCUUGAUCAGGAUGCAGGAGGCUGGUUAUCCGCUCCAAGGAUGGGAUCAGGUUGCCAUGAUUUAUGCCGGCUGGGACACAGAUCGCAGUCCGACGAUACAGAAAAGGAUAUUCCUGGACAAUGUGCCCGAGGAUAGGAUUGUGCAAAGCCUCUGGAUUGCUCGCAUCAAGACGACUCGUACAGCUCAACAAGCAUGGGCCUGUUUCUUGGCUUAUCAGGAUGAGAACCUACCUUCUGACCACCGCAUCUAUCAUGCCAUGUUCGAAGUCUUGAUACAGGAGCGUAAAAGAGUUCGACUCGGCCCUGAGAACAUUGGUCAUGAAGUCGAUGACGAUGAUAUGAAUCCUUUGUAUCCAGGCGAUACCAUGGAGAUUGGUUCACCUCCGUCAUCUGCUCAUCAGUUGACAUAUAUUCGUGCCGAGAUACCUUCAGUUCAACAGCUCUACGACCACAUGCGCGAAGAUGGGAAACAUCCUUCCGACGACACACUGGCUAUGCUUCUAGACAGCGCUGAGACUCUCGCAGAGGGCUUACUGUAUCUCGAGACCGGCGCCGAAAAAUAUCGCAUCGCUGUUGGCGCCCUCCUACAUGGGUCGAAAGAUUAUCAGGCUUUGCAUGUCUUGCCUGAUCACUUGUUCGCGGCAUAUAUACGCCUUCUCUGCCGCUUUCCUCAUACUCCACUUGACAGAGAACUGACGCUGCUUUGGCGCUACGGCACCAUCGUCAAAUCCAAUUUCGACCUUCGACAACCUCUGGCUCGCGCUCUCUACCUGCUUGUUGAGCAGAAACGGACACAUCGUCCAUCCUGGAAUUGUGUGUUCGCUGCAUUGGCUCGUAGAUCUGCGCCAGCCUUGGCUUCGAGCUGGCGAUCUCUGCAUCUUCGAGGCGACGAGUCUCUAAAGGCGGAGAACGAGUUAUACGACAAGAUCUUUGCGUUCAAUCUUGCCCGCCAGGUUGAUGAGACCAUGUGGGAGAAUGAUCUCACGCUAGACGAAGAUGGAUUCCAGAGCAUCUGCGUCAUCACUGAGCAUGCGGCUAGCGCUGUCCAUGUUGUUUUUCAAAAGUAUGGAUAUAACCCAGAAUUUGCUCCCAAAGCCACUACUGGCCUCAUCAGGAAUGCGACCGCAAUGUUUAGAGACGGCCACGACUGGUUGAGAGAACAAUUCCGGACCUUGAUUGAAGGCGAGAAGGCUUCCAUGUCAAUUAUGCCGAAAACAGUAAAUUCUACAGUCAAGCUGCCUAGUUUGUACACAGUUCCCCGUCCGGCCCUACUGCACGCUUAUGUUCGCGCUCUGGGUGUUCUGCGCGAUUACGAUGGCCUCUAUGAGCUGGUCCAAUGGAUGGCUAAACAUCGAAGCGAGCUUACCAAGCGUUGUGCUAUGGAUCGAAGAGGCCACAUCUUGAUGCGGAGAGCGCUGAUUGCUUUGCGCGUGUUUGUAGAAGAUCGAUGGGAUCCCCCAAAAUCUGAUCUUGAAGAAGAAGAGACUCCUCCUUCCGCAUCACCUGAACAAAUUGAGCAGAUCAAGAGGGUUGUGGAAUCGGUAAAGCAAUGGGGCGGGUGGCCGUCGGACGAAGAGGUUGAGAUGUAUGUUGAGUAUGGUCAUGGUCGAGGAGAUGAUUGA